AUGCAGAGGGAAGAAAACGGAGUGCCACAAGGAUCAGUACUCGCGGUCACCUUAUUCCUCAUCGGCAUCAACGACGUUUUUCGACACCUUCCCAAGGGCAUCUACAUACUCAUUUACGCGGACGACAUCGUGCUGUUGGCCUCGGGACAGAACGCUCGUAGAACGAAAACGAAACUCCAAACAGCUAUGAGAAAGGUAACGGAAUGGGCUGAUAAGGUCGGAUUCAGCAUGGCCGCAGAAAAGAGCGUGACAACACACAUAUGCAAACACCUGCAUCAUCCAUGGCGGCAAAAAAUUACGGUAGGCGGAACGACGGUUCCAUUCAGGAAGACUGCGAAAAUAAUAGGUGUGACAUUCGACCGAAAACUCUCUUUCAAACCCCACUUUGCAAAGGUAAAAGCGGAGGCGCAAUCCAGGGGCCGCCUUAUCAAAACUAUCAGCAGCAGACAUAAUAACGGGAACAGACAGUCACUUCUACAAGUCGGAAACAGCGUGAUCACCAGCAAAUUGCUAUACGGAACUGAAAUCACUGCAAGAGUAUUCAACGACAUGGUGGCAGCUCUAGGACCAACAUACAACAAAAUGAUCAGAAAUUGUUCUGGACUACUGCCGAGCACUCCAGCACUAAGCAGUUGUAUCGAAGCAGGAGUCCUACCUUUCGAUGCAAUGGUAGCUUCAUCAACGAUUCGUAAAACAGUUAGCUUUCUUGAAAAAACGGACGGCAACUACGAUCCAACAUCCGCUGUCACCGAACAAAUCUACGAAGCUUUUUCCUCAAUCGCCUGCCCUCCUAUCGCUAGACUCCACACUGUCUGGGAUCGUCGAUGGAACCACAAAGGACCCAUAAUCGAUUGGGAUAUUAAAAAAAGCCUAAAAGCUGGGGAUCCACCGCAGAAAGCGACUGCUGUAUUUAACGAAAUCCUAAACCGAAAAUAUAAUAACUACGAAGUUAUCUACACAGAUGGGUCCAAAUGCGAUACGACAGUAGGAAUCGGUAUCACGGGUAACAACCAGGGAAUCUUCUACAAAUUACCAGGCAUUUGUUCCAUUUUUUCAGCCGAGGCGGCAGCCAUGCACACGGCUCUGGCUCGACACACUACAAACACAAAGAAGUCAAUAGUGCUUUUUACCGACUCUGCUAGCGUGUUAGCUGCUUUGGAGAAAGGCUCCCUGAAACAUCCCUGGAUUCAGGCGAUAGAAAACAUUUGCGAUGAAAGAACAACACUCUGUUGGAUCCCAGGGCACUGCGGAAUCAAUGGCAACCACGAAGCAGACAGGCUCGCAGCACUCGGAAGAAGAAGUACACUACUUACAAACGAAGUCCCGGGAACGGACAUUAAGCAAGACAUCGAAAGGCGGAUUCGAACUGAAGUAGAAUCAAAAUGGAGAAUCGAACGAAAUUUAUUCCUUCGAAAAAUCAAAGGAAAUCUCACUAGAUGGGAUGAUCGCGCCUCGAGAAAAGAACAGCAAAUUUUCUCCCGACUCAGGACCGGUCACACGAUGCUAACUCAUAAGGGUUUAUUUCAGGGAGGCAACCGUACAGAUUGUCGAACUUGCAACGUGGCACUUACUGUGGAACACCUCCUCACCAGAUGCCCCGAAUACAAAGAACUGCGGGAACGGUAUCAGAUCGGGGACUCUAUUCGAGACGCGUUGAGCAACGAUCCUGUGAAGGAAGAAAAGCUAAUAUGCUUUCUCAAAGAUGCACAACUUUACAACCAAAUUUAA